CAGCUCACUAGUUAAGACCCCUUAAGUUGGAGGAGGCAGAAAGGCAACAGCAGCGAAAAAGGAGAAGUCAAGACGUCUGGAAAGAAUUACCCAGUUCUGGCUUCUAGCAGCCCAUUGAACUAGGGACUUGAACCAGUCCCAGGCAAUUUUUUUCUCCCGAUUCUGCGCUUCCUGGGUUCUGCUGAGUCUUCCCUGGGCUUUUUGGGAUACUGAAAAGAGGAGAAUUUCAGCUACCAGGGGAAGGGGACUGGAGCAAAAGUAUCUGUACAAUAGCAAUAAUAAAGAUAACUUAUUUUUAAAGCACAGAAAAUAUUUUCUUUUAAGAAUUAUAAGUCUGAAGUGGAACGGGAAUAGUCAAAGAAUAGUCGUGAAAUUUACUUUUGAACUAGGUGAGAACCAAACAUUUGAGCCUCCCCCAUCCUUUUUAAAUGUUAUUUUUAUUAUUUUUAUUUUUUUUGGCCGGUCGUCUCAAAUUCAUCUGAUCUCUGAUUACCUCAAUUUUGGAAAUUGCCUGCCACCGACCCUCCGGGACCACACAGACAGGCUGAAGACAAUUUUAUGACCAAGAACUGAACAAGAUGCAUUGUGAGAGGUUUCUAUGUAUCCUGAGGAUAAUUGGAACCACACUGUUUGGAGUCUCGCUCCUCCUUGGAAUCACAGCUGCUUAUAUUGUUGGCUACCAAUUUAUCCAGACAGAUAAUUACUAUUUCUCUUUUGGACUGUAUGGUGCCUUUUUAGCAUCACACCUUAUCAUCCAAAGCCUGUUUGCCUUUUUGGAACACCGGAAAAUGAAAAAAUCCCUAGAGACCCCCAUUAAAUUGAACAAAACAGUUGCUCUUUGCAUCGCUGCAUAUCAAGAAGACCCAGACUAUUUAAGGAAAUGCUUGCAAUCUGUGAAAAGACUGACCUACCCUGGGAUUAAAGUUGUCAUGGUCAUAGAUGGGAACUCGGAAGAUGACCUUUACAUGAUGGACAUCUUCAGUGAAAUCAUGGGUCGUGACAAAUCAGCCACUUACAUCUGGAAGAACAACUUCCAUGAAAAGGGUCCUGGAGAGACCGAAGAGUCACAUAAAGAAAGCUCACAACAUGUCACCCAGUUGGUCUUGUCCAACAAAAGUAUUUGCAUCAUGCAAAAAUGGGGUGGAAAAAGAGAAGUCAUGUACACAGCCUUCAGAGCCCUGGGACGAAGUGUGGAUUAUGUACAGGUCUGUGAUUCAGACACCAUGCUAGAUCCUGCGUCCUCUGUGGAGAUGGUGAAAGUUUUAGAAGAAGACCCCAUGGUUGGAGGUGUUGGAGGUGAUGUUCAGAUUUUAAACAAGUAUGAUUCCUGGAUCUCUUUCCUCAGCAGUGUGAGAUACUGGAUGGCCUUUAACAUAGAAAGGGCCUGUCAGUCUUAUUUUGGCUGUGUCCAGUGUAUUAGUGGACCUCUGGGAAUGUACAGAAACUCCUUGCUGCAUGAAUUUGUGGAAGACUGGUACAAUCAGGAAUUUAUGGGCAGCCAAUGUAGUUUUGGUGAUGAUCGGCAUCUAACAAACCGGGUGCUGAGUCUGGGCUAUGCAACAAAAUACACAGCUCGAUCCAAGUGCCUUACUGAAACACCUAUAGAGUAUCUUAGAUGGCUAAACCAGCAGACUCGUUGGAGCAAGAGCUACUUCCGAGAGUGGUUGUACAAUGCAAUGUGGUUUCACAAGCAUCACUUGUGGAUGACCUAUGAAGCGGUUAUCACUGGAUUCUUCCCUUUCUUUCUCAUUGCGACAGUCAUCCAGCUCUUCUACAGGGGCAAAAUUUGGAACAUCCUUCUCUUCCUGUUAACUGUCCAGUUGGUAGGUCUCAUCAAAUCAUCAUUUGCCAGCUGCCUUCGAGGAAAUAUUGUCAUGGUCUUCAUGUCCCUCUACUCAGUGUUAUAUAUGUCAAGUUUACUUCCUGCCAAGAUGUUUGCAAUUGCGACAAUAAACAAGGCUGGGUGGGGCACAUCUGGAAGGAAAACCAUUGUUGUUAACUUCAUAGGACUCAUUCCAGUAUCGGUUUGGUUUACAAUCCUCCUGGGUGGUGUAAUUUUCACCAUUUAUAAGGAAUCUAAAAAGCCAUUCUCAGACUCCAAACAGACAGUCUUAAUUGUUGGAACGUUGCUCUAUCUAUGCUAUUGGGUCAUGCUUUUGACACUCUAUGUGGUUCUUAUCAAUAAAUGUGGGCGGCGGAAGAAGGGACAACAAUAUGACAUGGUGCUUGAUGUAUGAUUUUACAUUGUUCUAUAUUUGCAGUCACACAUGCAGACACACACAAACCUUAGUUCUUCUGGGGACUAUACAGCAUUGUGGCAUCAGAUAAGGCCAACAAUGGAGACAUAUCACUGCUGCUGGGACUUGAAACAAAGACAUUUUUAUGGGUUUAUUUUGAUUCUGCCAAAGUAAAAUGAUACAUCAAUAAGAAGAAACUCAGAUUCAACCUGUUAUUUCUAUGAAAAAUGGGAAGAAUUCUUUGUUUGUGCACUUUUUCCUUACUGUCUAUCCACCUAACAGUGUUUUGCCCUAUAUACCUCACUAGCCAUGCUUUAUGUGGGUUAUCAUGGAAGAAAAGGACUUUGGAAACUCAAGGAAAAGUUCUUUCAACACAUACAACCUAACUUAUGGACUAUGUCAUAGCUAACUUUAUAUAUAUAUAUAUAUAUAUUUUUUGUUGUUGUUGUUUAACUCUACCAAAUGGAAUGCCAAAGGAAACAUGAAAAGCCAUUGGCUGAGCUGUGUCUUUGUAUAUUGUACUGUGUUUUAAAAUUUUGUAUGCUAAUUUUUUAAAGCAAAUUUUGCAUAUUUUUUACUUGUCUACCAAGAUACACCUGCUAUUCCUUAAAAAUUCAAAUAAAAUAGGUUGUGAAAAAGUUGAUAGUUAAAAAAAAAAUCCAAAAUGUGAAGUUUGAUUGAUGUUCAUGAUAGAAAUGAUCAAAUGUUUCUCUCUCUGUUAUAACUCAACAGAUUACUUCCAUGAGGAUGGUAUUUAAACUUUCAAUAUUUUACCCAUUUUUAUUUCUUUUUGAAAAGCCUUGUCAUACUUUGGUAGUAAAAGAGCAUACUUCAAGGCCAGAUGGGUAGAAAAGUGCAAUUUUUUUCAUUAGAUUAAAAAAAGGGAAAUUUGGUCCUUGUAAGAAAACAUUAGGCACCCAGCACCAGACAGAACAUAAAUAUCAAAGAUAAAUGUUACUGAGAUUCUAGCAGUGUAAGCCUCCAAGCUAAAUAAAAUGGAAAUUAGAAAAAAAAUUAUCUGUUUAAUUUGGAUAAAUAAAUGCACUUAGUUUUAUUUCAUGAAUCAAUUACCAUAUCUUGUCUAUAUGUGGAACAUAUUUUACUUGUCUUUUUUUUCUAUUUUGCUUAUUAACUUUGCAUAUUUGAGAGCAAAUUACGUGACUGAAUGGGAUGCAUUUUAAUGAACACAAAACUUAGAUUCAAAGUUGGCAGAUUCAAGCUCCAAGUAUUCUCUUAUUUCUGAGGAGGAUUUUUUUUUUCUGGGUCAUACAGAUAAUUGCAUCAUCUCUCUUGUUCUUAGCCUAUAUAAAUGUGUUUACAUAGUAGCAGUUAUAUCAAGGUUUAAUCAAGAAUUGGCACAUACAUAUUGAUGGGCCAGAUACUUUCUAAUUCAGGGUCUCAGUUACUCAGUUUUGUUUUUUUUUUACAUGACCCUUUACAUUAUCUUGCCUUGUAGCUGGUACUGUAUGGAUCCAUGUCAAAAACAUGAAAAUAAGAAUAAUGUAAACAAAUGUAUUGGAAUGAAGCAGAAACUAAUGGAAAAAUGUUCAAAUACGUGUUUCCUGCCUUUCUGUUUCAUUUACAUCUAUAUUCCAUCUAUCCUGCCUACGAAAAAGCUGCACAUUUUACCUUUAAGGUACAAAAAAGAAAGAAAGAAGAAGCUACAUAGCAUCUGCAACUUAAACUCUCAUUGACUCGAGAAUAUCAGAAAUAAACACACCACGCAAAUAAGUGAAAUAAAAACUUGAGUUUUUCUUUUUAGUUAUUUAUGUUCUAAGUUAAACUUUGAUAACAUUCAAAUGUCAAAUCCUUUCAUCCUUAUAAGAUAUUGAAUUAAUUGCCUGUAUUUAUUUUAGCAAUGAUUCAAUGUAUUUCCAGUAUAGAAUGUAUAGUAUAAUUGUUUUGUAAAUAAAAUAUUUUUGAUAAGAUCACUGCCUUAUUUUCUAUGGGGAGGGGGAACUGGAAACAAAACAAAAGUGUUUACCCAGCUCCAGUGGUAUGGAUUUAGAAAUGAUGAUGUAUAUAAGAAAAUAAACAGAAUUUGUCAAAAAAA